CCCUCGCGCUCCCGUAAGGCGGGCACAAGCCGUCCCCGCCACGCAGAGCCGGCGCAGGAGGCUGGGCUCCAGCACACGGCUUGAGAUGCAUUGUUCCUGUGGGGAGGCUCGGAGCUGGAGGUGGCGGCGAGGGUGGCGACGGCGAGGGUUGGUGGCUGCGGAGCCCCUCCAUCUCGGGCCUCUCCCCGUCUCCCUUCGCGCCGCGGGGCUGUAGGAAGCGGGCCCAGCGGCUCUCCAAAGACCCCUGCUGUCCUCCGUCGCUCGCCUCUCUUCCCCCGAACCGUUGGGCUGAGCGCAGGCGGGGGAAGGGCAGCGCAGGAGCCUCCCAAGGGCUGGUGAUGCCCACAACUGGGAAGGGGCAGCCGGCGUUGGCGCCCUUGCCAGGUAACCCCGACGCUGCCCGCCCGGCGCGGAGCUGUCCAAAGAGGGCGGCGACCCGCAGGAGCUGUCCGUGGUCCUGAAACCCGCUGCGCGGGAGCCGAGUCAGUUAAAGGCGCGCCGCUGCCCUCCGGGAUCCCCGGCUGAUCCCAUCGUCGAGUUCCAGUCUAGCGCCUCCUCCAGCGCGGAGCUGUCCAAAGAGGGCGGCGACCCGCGGGCUCUCUCCCUGGUGCUGAAAAGCCUUGCGAGAGGAGGAGCGCCAGGAAGGGAUUUUGAACGGUGCACCUUUGCACUCCUUGAUCCUCCUGGCUCGGCUGCUCCCAUCGGUCGGUUCCAGCCCGACGCCUCCUCCUCCCGCCCGGAUCCAGUUGCGCGGCGACUAAGCUACUAGAUCUGGUGGAGAAAGGGGACCCAGCUGCGUCUGCCUUUCCAGGAGCCAUGGCUGCGCUAACGAAGGUGGCCGCCGCCUCUUCCCUGCUGGUGGUGGUCCUCUGCGUGGGUGUCUGCUCUUCAGUCUGCGUUGAAGUACCGUCAGAGACAGAGGCAGUUCAAGGGUCGCGCAUGAAGUUGCUGUGUAUCUCCUGCAUGAAGCGAGAGGAGGUUUCUGCCAACACUCUGGUUGAGUGGUACUAUAAGGCUGAAGGGGGCAUAGAUGAACCUAUCUACAAGUACGAGAAUGAGAAGCAGGAACUUGGGAGCCGCUUCCGUGGUCGGCUCCAAUGGGACGGGAGCAUAGACAUGCAGGAUGUGUCCAUCUCCGUGCUCAACAUCUCUUUGAAUGAUUCGGGGAUCUACACCUGCAAUGUCACUCGGGAAUUCAACUUCGAGGUUCAUCGCCCAGUUGUCACCCGCUCUACACUGAUCCGUCUCACGGUGGUGGAGGAGGCUGGAGAAGACCUCACAUCUGUCAUCUCUGAAAUAAUGAUGUAUAUUCUCUUAGUCUUCCUCACUUUGUGGCUGCUGGUAGAAAUGAUCUACUGCUACAGGAAAGUUGCCAAGGCAGAGGAGGUUGCUCAGGAAAAUGCGACUGACUACCUCGCCAUCCCUUCGGAAAACAAGGAGAAUUGUGCUGUGCCAGUGGAUGAGGAGUAGAAGAUGAAACCACGUAGGCGUACAGUGUGCAAAAAAAGGUGAACAAGCUCUGUGUAAAUCACAUGGCAGCAGGGGCGGGGGCACUGGCUGCUUAGCAAGUCCAAAUCUGUGUGCAGGCACCACCAUGGGGGGGGGCAUUCGUGAUCUCAAGGCCCAAGGAAACUACUGAGCAUAUUUGAAAAUGUUCAGAUAUGAUCUGUGGAUGGAAUGUAGAUUGCCGUAGAGAGGUCUGCAAUGGUUCCAAGUGACUCCAACAGCAAGAACUCUUCCAGGGAUUAUAGAGUAGAAGACAUGGUGCCAUCUUGAGAUUUCCUCCCUUGUUUGUAUUUUGCUGAAGAUAAGGAGUCCAAAGCAGUCUUUCUGAUACAGAAUUCAAAGCACAAGAGACAUAAAAGAAGAUUAGGGGGUCCAAAAGGUAGGUGCACUAAAACUCCUCUUGUAUGUGUGACUUCUACAGGCAGGUGGUGUGUUUUGCCCAUGCAGGUUGUCAUCUAAUCUUCUGAAAGUGGAAGGUGAAUCACAGUCUGGCUCUUUUCCCUUGUUUUCAGGGACUCUGCAGACACAAGGAGUAAGUCACUGCAGCCAGGUUUUGCAGGAGCCCAAGACCAGGAACCAUGAGGAAGCGUAAAUCUGUUUCCGUUUGUCUGGAACAUCGCACUGCUUUGACUUCAUGGCUCUCAUUCCUUGAGCGAUCAGCCCAUUUGUUAAAGACUUUGAGACAUGCAAAGUCAAGGGGGGGGAGAGGUGCAGUACCUUCUCUGUUGCCCAUCGCCUCAACGACUCUGUAAAUACUCAUCUCUCGCUAACACAGACUUUCUUUUGGAUGCAUUCAGACAUCGCAGCUUCCUCAGCAUUAAGUGGCAUUCAUUUAGUCAUCAUUGCUUUUGGUGUUAAUUUCAGUAUGGUGCCCCAGUGAUGUCACAGAACAUGCCCCAGAUUUUCCUAGGGAAGUAGAUGUGGGUCUGUUUUGGCCAAUACCUCCAGAAGCAACUGGAGAGUCAGGCAGAGGCAAUACAGUAAUUAAACUGUUUAGUUUUUCAUGAACCUGUGGUACAGAAGGAGGAAAUGCUCAAGCCAGAGAUGUUUCUGAGGUACAUAGUGCACUGCUAAAAGAGUGGUGAUAUUAUACAGAUACUAGAUUGAGCCCGGGGGUAAGAGUGUGGCCAUGAAGCACCCUCUCUUUGCAUCGUAUGUGAUUUCCAUGUUGCAACACUCCAUAGUAUGUCAUAUACUGUGUGUAAAUAGGACAAGAGUCAUUAACUUGGGCAUUCUGUGAUUUAGUCAAACCCAAGCAGCAAACUUCUAAAAUAAUUUCCGGCAAGAUUCAGAGGGCAGUGGCAAAACACGAUGUUGUGAUGAAAGUUAAAGUUCUCCUUAGCAUUUGACGCAGUGACCGAGAUGCCCAGAAUUGUAGGGGCUUUAAGUCAGGUCACGUGUCCUUUCAUGUACUUGAGAGACUGAAGCAGGAUGGACAAUUCUAACUGAUGGAUCGGUGGAACGUGAACCUGCCAUUUCAAAAAGGAGCACAGUGCAUGGCACUGAAAAAAAUAUAUUCAGCUAUUCCAAUCUCAAAAAGCCUGCCACUUCCAGUACCAUGUUAUGCCCUCCUAUUGCCAUAUACUAUUUUAUUAUCAGGCAGGGGUGACUAAUUCCAGGUUCACAGACCUGAUCUGCCCCCACUGUCAUAUUUUUCUGCCCCCUCUUCCAAGACCCAACCAAUUUUGGCAGCAGUAAAGAAAGAGGAGGAAAUAACACAGAGGGCCAGCCCAGGACCCAGACAGGGAUGCAAAUCUCUCACUUCCCGGUCAUCAGACCAACUUUAAUGAAGAAAGAGGAAGCAAUGCCCACUGCCAUCACCCUUAACUGAUCUGCACAGAUCAGCUGAAGAGGAAGGCUGUCUGCCUAUGUGCAUGGGGUGGUCACAGCCACAAGUUGUCCUUGGAGGGUUGGGCCAAGGUGGGUUUGCCCCCCUGGGCCAGUAAAAAGGCCACCCACCCGUUUGAAGGUCUGCAUUAAUAAAAUCUAAACUUCUAUCUGGUAAUGGUUUGCUUUAUGGUGGGGUAGAACACUGAGCACUAUUUUUCUUUUCAGCAAAGGAAUCUGAAGACCGUGCAGCGGGGGCAAAGAUUAAGCCGAGCUGUUUGGUAGGAUCAUAUUAUUGCCUAGACAUGCAUUAUUUUCUUUCACAGUAAAUGAUAGUAUUAGAAAAAGCAUGAAUAGCAAAGUACUUUGCUGUAGUUAAAGUCCACAAUCCACCACAUAGACUCAUUGUAGACUUAAUGGCAAACCAUGGUUUGUUGCUACAAAUACGAGUGGCAGGGUUAUGCCCCCUUCCCUCCCUCUGCCAUGCUUAUGAUUUCUCUGGGGAGAGUUAAGCCAUGAGCCCAGAUCAUCACAGCAGCAGAACGAGCAGGAUUGCAAUUGGAAGCUUCUGAGCAGAGGUUGCAUGGCCAUGGGCAACCUUCCAGCUCUAAAAUUGGGUAAGUCUACGAUUCUUCUCUAGGAGUCCACAGUGGUUCAUUAAAACCACAUCAUGGUUUAGCUUAGUGCUGUGCGUGAACCAGGUCUGUCUCAGUAAUUUUUGGAGCAACCCUGUAAGCUUUUUUUUUACUCCCCCCCCAAAAAAGUAUAGCAAUGCUGAUGCUCCUCAGCGAGCAUAUACCUGAACUAACUUGUUAACUUAUAUCCGAAGCUUACGAGCUGUAACUCACCUUCCUCAGCAUGUCACGCUUUGUGGAGUUACUCAAAUUGUGAACCAAAGCAGCACCCAUAAUUCCACAUGGCGAAGGGUCCAGCUGCCAUGCCCACUUUAAGCGCACUCCAUCACAUCCUGCAGAAAGUAACAAUGGAGGAGCUUUCUUCGCACUAAGGCCUCCUUCUUGAUUUUGCCCAUGAUUUGCCAUUUAACCCUUGGGAAGUCAUCUGACCCUAAUCCAGUUGAGUCUAAAUCCAGUCUCUGCAUUCUUUACCCGAUAUAAUAAAAUCUGGUAACACCCUCAGCUCUUGAGGUGGAGCAAUAAAGUAGCAGUUCUGGAACCAGGAAAACUUCAGAAGAAUGAAUGGUAAAGAUAACCCCCUUAAUGUUUUCUCUCCCACACCACAACUACUUCCAUAAUUCUUUAAGAAAUAACACUUUCUUCCACCUGCCUUCUAAUGCAGUAGUUCAUAUGGGAUUUCUGAUGGCGAAUACAAUCUCCCUUGGUGGGAUGCCUUACAUGGGCACACAAAGGUAAUCGUGUACAAUGUCUUCAACUCAAAAGGUAGACUGUGUCUUCUGUCUGUGAUGUGUGUGGAAAAGGCACAGGAGACGUAGAAAACAGACAGCAAAAUAAAAAGCAAAAAGAACCCACGCGAUGCUUUUUCUCUCUCUUUUGUUCAUUAUAUUUUAUUCAUACUCUUAUUCCA